AGGAAGAAGCCGUCCUGCCGCGCCUGCACCGACUUCAGGAGCUGGAUGCGGGAGCAGAGGAAGGAGGCCGCCUCGGAAACGGGAGACAAAGAAGCCGAGUUCCCCGCCGACUGUCCUCUGGACCGGGAGCAACUGGGAAGGAAUUCGUGGUCCUUCCUUCACACAAUGGCAGCCUAUUACCCUGACCGGCCCAGUAAGACCAAGCAGCAGGAAAUGACACAGUUCAUCCAUUUGUUUUCUAAGGUUUUCCCUUGUGAAGAAUGUGCAGAAGACCUGAGUGACAGAUUAAAGCAAAACCAGCCAGACGUCUCCAACAGGCGCAAUUUGACCCAGUGGUUUUGCCGGCUUCACAACGAGAUCAAUAAGAAGCUGGGGAAGCCGGAGUUUGACUGUUCCCUUGUAGAUGAGCGCUGGCGAGACGGAUGGAAAGAUGGCUCCUGUAACUAGAGAAUGUGGGAGAAGGACAGCUGUUUGAACAUGGAUUAAAACAUAGAGACUGAUCAAAACCAAGGCUGGUACAGACCACAGCCAAGGUGCACAACUGUGUGUUUUGCACUGGGGAUGGUGUGGCAAAAGCCUGGGGCAGAAGUGGCGCAUUCUCUCUUCUCUGGGAAACGUGGUAAGAGAUAAGGCCCUGUAGUUUCUGAACAGUCUCAUAAGUCUUGACAGUGUAAGUCUCUCUCAUCCUCACCCCAGUUGCCAACAAGAGUUGCCUUAAAGAGGCCUCCAAGGUCUGGGCUGAAUAAACCUGCCUUGAGUAGUCUAGCUCCCUUUCCCUGGGACUCCUUGGCACCUUUGUAUGACUUCUGCCUCUGUGUUCAUCCAAAUAUUCUUCCUCGGGACAUUAUCCAUCUCUCUCCAUGGAACGCUGGAUUUCUUCUGUUAUUGUCAGGCGAGUGCAGCCAUCAUUUUAACCACUGUGCCGUUACAUGUCUCCAUGGCUUCUUUGCUCCCUCAGCAUAGAGUAUUUCAUGGGGUACUUAAGCACUGGACAAUUGCAUUAAUAUUCUAGUUGGCCGAAACCUCAAAGCAGGGAAGAUAAAACGAUGUGUUCAUGCAUCCAUGGCUCUCCUUUCAGCUGCCAGUAAGAGAUCUUGUUCCUCCAUUCUCUAGCCAGACACUGCAGAAAGGGGCAAACCUUGUUUCAAGCAAGCAUUAGUUUUACUUGUCAGAAAGUGGCAUCAUGUGUGAGAAUGUCUAAGUAGAAAUUAGCUGUGUUCUGAGUAUAUCCGAUGGGCCGUUGUGUCUUGUGACAACGCAGCUAGUUGUCAGAGGUGACACUGGUGGUAAGGUAGGAGGUGGAAGAGCACUUGAAGAGAUCCUGGGCCACGCAUUUGCUAAAUGCGUACUGUACCAAGAUAGUUCAGAUAACUGUUGCAGAACACUUAGAGCUGUACAUUGAACUGUAUCAGCAUUGGCUGCACCAGGAUUAACUUUAAUCACAUUGAAUUAAGGUAAUUUGCACAAAUCAUUGUUUGUUGUUCGCAAACUGGAGUAAGCCCUGGGCUGGUGUCCCCCCUCCUUUCCAUCUAUGAAGAAAGCAUGCUUGAAACGUCCAUUUAUAACAAACCACAGUCUCCUAUUUUGUCUGAACAUUGGAAAGUGUGGUUUGAAUAAACUAGUGAUCACACGAAUGGCUGCUAACUAUCAGAUUAUCCUUUGCCACUCUGGGUUUGUAUAACUGUGGUUCUGCAUUCAUAAAUCUCUCCUGCUGCUGUUGCCUUGCUUUAUUUAUUUGUCCUUUCAUAAUCAUUAAGUGAAUUGGAUAACUGAUAAUUGGGUUUAAAUAAGGUACAUUAACUGAACCCUCUUUUCUAGCAGUUUCAAGCAAAGGCCUGCUUUAGUCAUGUAAGUCAUUCCCUGCAAGCCUUGGAGCGUUUAGUCACACUGGGCGAAUGCACUGAAAAUACAUCCCAAUGGUGCUCAGGGUACUUUGGAAAACCCUGCCCAGAUGUAAACCCUGCUGUGAGGCUUUGUUCGCACUCUCUUUCAGGAGAAGAGACUUAGGUGGCAGAUGU